UGACGGCGUUGUGGGAGCUGUGGGUGUCUUUAAGAGGUUCUUUUCCGCCUGGUGUCGGUUCGACUGCUCACUGGUGAGAUAGAGAAGCACGAGCUACUGAAAUAUACACAAGACAAGAGAGAGGCGCGAAUCGUACUGGAAAUACACAUUUUCAUACAUAUUUAGGAUAUACUGCCAUUAGGAAACCUGGACAACAUGCAGUUGCCAAAGUCAUGGGCUUGCGGUGUCAGUUUGACGCUGCUCUCCGUUCUCAGCUCAGUCAUGUGCGGCAGUCAUUACAGCUGUGAUGGAUCUCUGGCAUCUCUUCUGCCUGCAACCUCAUUUCAGAGCUCUUCACAUUUCUCAGACAGUCGGGCUGCAUACUUCGCUAAACUAAACAGAAGAGACGGAGGAGGAGGGUGGAGCCCGGAGUCGGCGGACAGGUCGCCAUGGCUGCAGGUUGACCUACAUGACCGAAUGGAGGUGACAGCCGUGGCCACACAAGGUCGUCACGGCAGCAUGGAUUGGGUCAGCGCUUAUAUGCUUCUCUACAGUGACACCGGGAGGGUCUGGAAACAGUACUUGUUGGAGGACAGUGUCGGGAGGAUCGUGGGUAAUGUGAAUCCAGACAGUGUGGUCCAUCAUAAAAUCAGCCAGCCUAUCAGAACCCGGUUCCUUCGCUUUGUCCCCCUGGAGUGGAGCCCCAGCGGUCGGGUGGGCCUCAGGGUGGCUGUGUAUGGCUGUACCUACCGAUCAUAUGUGGCCGACUUUGAUGGCCGAAGCUCUUUGCUCUACCGAUUCAACCAGAAGUCAAUGAGCACGGUGAAAGAUGUUAUAUCUCUGCGAUUUAAGAGUCGACAGGCGGAGGGUGUUUUACUGCAUGGAGAAGGCCAGCGAGGGGAUUAUAUCACUCUGGAGCUACAUCGUGGCAGGUUGGCCUUGCAUCUAAACCUAGAUGACAGCAGGUUGAGGUCCAGCAGCGCUCGUAUGGUGGUCACUCUCGGAAGUUUGCUGGAUGAUCUCCACUGGCACUCUGUUCUGAUCGAACGCUUUAGCAAGCAGGUCAACUUCACUUUGGACAGACAUACUCAGCACUUCAGGACCAGGGGUGAUGGAGAUUCUUUAGAGGUCGACUAUGAGCUAAGCUUUGGUGGGAUCCCUCUGCCUGGUAAACCUGGGACCUUUAUUCGACGUAACUUUCAUGGCUGCAUGGAGAACCUCUACUACAAUGGAGUCAAUGUCAUCGACCUGGCAAAGCGGCGAAAGCCUCAGAUAUACAGCGUGGGCAACGUGACCUUUUCCUGCUCAGAGCCGCAGCUGGUGGCAGCCACAUUUCAGUGCUCCAGCAGCAGCUUUCUGUCGCUGCCAGCACCUGCACCGGUCCUGGAAGGCCCUUCAGUGCGCCUGCAGUUUCGUACGUGGAACCCCGAUGGCCUGCUUCUGUCCAGCCCACUGAUCUCCGGUCAGGAGCCUUCGUACCUGAUUCUGCAGAUCAGCAGCGGGCGCCUCCGCCUCACACAUCAGACGGCAUCUCUGAAGAUGUCAGAAGUGUCGGCUGGCCAGAGGGUGAAUGAUGGUUUGUGGCAUUCAGUGAGUCUCAGCUCUAGAGGUCUACAGAUCAUCAUGACUCUGGACAAUGAGCCUGCAUCCACCAUUCAGCUGAAGAAUUACCUGGAGCCAAAUGGCAAACAGUAUUUCGGAGGAUGUCCUGCAUCCCACAAUGAUUCAAGCUGCUUGAAUCCCACAAUAGCCUUUCAGGGUUGCGUCCGGCUCAUCUUUGUUAACAACCAACCAGUUGAUCUCAUGUCAGUCCACCAAGGCCACCUCGGGAGCUACAGUCAGCUGCAGUUCGACUUAUGUGGCAUUCGUGACAGGUGUCUCUAUAAUUUUUGUGAGCACGGUGGGCGAUGUUCUCAGACGUGGUCAUCGUUCUACUGCGAUUGCACUGGUACAGGAUACACUGGAGCUACAUGCCAUAACUCGGUUUAUGAAGCUUCGUGUGAACACUACAGACUCACUGGCAGCUCUUCGGGAUAUUUCUCUGUAGAUCCUGAUGGAAGUGGUCCUCUGGAUCCCAUUCAAGUGUACUGUAAUAUCACAGAGAACAAAGUGUGGACAAUGGUCCGUCACAACAGCUCAGACGCAGUCAGAGUACGAGGUUCGACACUGCAGAAGCCGCACGUCGCGUGGUUCAAUUACAGCGCCUCAUCUGAUCAGCUGAAGGCAUUAGUGUCCCUGUCAGAACAUUGUGAGCAGAAAAUCGCCUAUCACUGCAGGAGAUCACGACUCUUUAACCCCUGGGAUGGCAGCCCUUUGUCAUGGUGGGUGGACCGCAGAGGAGAAAAGAGAACGUACUGGGGUGGAUUCCAGCCGGGGGUGCAGCAGUGCUCUUGCGGUCUGGAGGAAAACUGUGCUGACAUGAACUACUUUUGCAACUGUGAUGCAGAUCGAAUGUCAUGGGAGAACGACACUGGCGUUUUCUCAUAUAAAGAACACUUGCCGGUUCAGGAGAUAGUGAUUGGUGACACGUACAGACUGGGCUCCGAAGCCGUGUACGCCGUUGGACCCCUGCAGUGCUCCGGUGACAAGUCCUUGUGGAACGCUGCAUCAUUUCAUCAAGAGGCUUCAUGUCUGCAUUUCCCCGGCCUCCAGGCAGAUCUCUCUCUCGACAUUUCCUUCUACUUCAAAACAGCAUCACUCUCUGGCAUUUUCCUGGAGAACAUGGGCGUUCAGGACUUUAUCCGAGUUGAGCUGAGCUCUCCCUCAGCCGUGACCUUCUCCUUUGACGUGAGCGACGGGCCAGUGGUCCUGACUGUAAAAUCUCCCGUGCCGCUGAACGACAGACAGUGGCACUGGGUCCGAGCCGAACGCAACGUGAGGGAGGCGUCCUUGCAGGUUGACCAGCUGCCCCUCCGGAUCACAGAAACCCCUCCCGAUGGACACCUACGCCUUCAGCUAGGCGGCCAGAUGUUUGUUGGAUGCACAGCCGCAAAACAAAGAGGUUUUCUUGGGUGCAUUCGAGCAUUUAAUAUGAACGGAGUGAUGUUUGACCUGGAGGAGCGGGCCAAAGUGACUCCGGGAGUGAGUUCGGGGUGUGCGGGUCACUGUAGUAGCUCAGCUGGACUUUGCCACAAUCGGGGGAAGUGCAUUGAGAAGAGCAGCGGUUAUGUGUGCGACUGCACAAACUCUGCCUAUGGAGGACCGUCAUGCACAGAAGAGGUGUCCAUGUCCUUUGAAAAAGGUGCGUCGGUCACUUACACGUUUCAGGAGCCGUUCUCCGUCAUGCAGAACAGGACGCCUGCCGUGUUGUCUGGUUCCUCUCAGUACAGCAUGUCCAGAGAAACCAUGGCACUCCGUUUCCAAACCACUCAUAGUCCUGCCAUGUUGCUGACGGUCAACACGCUCAGCCAGCAGUAUGUGGCAGUCAUCUUAGCAAAGAAUGGGAGUUUGCAGAUUUGGUAUCGACUGCAUAAAGAGUUGAGCCCAGAUGUCUUCAGCCCCAUGCGGAGCAGCCUGGCAGAUGGACGACUACACAGAGUUCAUAUCCAGCGGGAGGGAAAGGAUGUGUUUGUUCAGGUUGACCGUGAAAAUAAGAAGUAUGUCCUUUCACAUGAGGCAGCCUUUAACUCUAUGAAGUCACUGACCCUGGGAAAAGUGACAGGAAGUGAUGUCGUGGAUGAUGACGUAGCUCAUGCUGGAAGUAAAGGUUUCAUUGGCUGCUUCUCAUCUGUCCAGUACAACCAAGUUGCUCCACUUAAGGCAGCGCUAUUGAACCGAGGUAGCUCAUUGGUUAGCAUACGAGGACGUCUGCUCGAGUCAAAUUGUGGAGCAUUAGCUGACCUUUCCACUUCUGUGUCUCGCUUAGAUCAUGGCAAAGAGGUGGGCAAAGAUAAUGAACGUCACGGAGACGAUGGCCAGCCUGAUUCAGCUGUAAUUGGAGGUGUGGUUACGGCUGCGGUCUUCAGUACAUUUUGUGUGCUGGCAGUGAUGACACGUUUCCUAUACCAGCACCGACAAGCUCAAAGAGCUGCACGCCUCCAGGAGAAGGAGCACCAACGUAGCCUUGAAGCCGCUUACCGGGCAGAGUUUCACCUCCACAACCCUAUAAGAGACAGCAUGCAGGAAUAUUACAUCUGACAGACACUGGCAGUAAUAGUCCUUGUAGUUUUCAGUUCGAAAUCCAGUUCCUCCUGUAUCUCCUUCAGCAAACAUGUUAUGAGGCCCUUUUAUAUCCAGAAUGGUUCAUACUAUAAGUUGGAGGUUUCCUCGCUUUGGGAUCGUCAGAAUCCCCUGAUCAAUGUAAGUAGUACUGUAGUCUGUAGUUUUCACAGUGCUUACCCACAAGUGUUGGAAUAACUAACGUUAGGUUAUUUCUGGGAUGUGAGUGGUGUGUUAGGAGGUGUUUUUAUUAAAAUGAAUAAUAUGUCCUCUGGGUAGAUGCUGGAAUGAAGGAACAGGCUCAAUGGGCUUUAGUGCAUGUUCAUUCAUGUUAACUCCUGGAUUGAGAUCUGUCGUUCUGCAACAACAUGUAUUUCAAGCAUGUGAACCUUCCUAGUUUGCCAGAAACACAUAAGGUGGCAAAAUUGUUGCAGGAAGGUUUCCAAACCCAUUUUUGGAACACUAGAUCAUAAUUCUGCAUUACUCAAUGUAAACUAUACAGUAAACAUGACUGACGAUUUAAAAUAUAAGAGUAACACAAUACAAAUCAUUCUUUAAUUCUUAUGAAGAAGCUGCUAACAGAAGCUUAAUUCAUUUAGUAAAGAUUCCAAAUGUGCAGAAAUAUUGUUGUUGAACAUGAUGUAACAAUACCUGUAUGUGUUAUAAUGUGAAAUAUCUGCCAUAGUGAACAAAUCUUGAAUUGUUCUUUGAAUCUAAAUACAAAUAUUUAGCGUUUUGUCCCAAACAAAGAUUAUUUAUUGAUAAAUGUAACCAUUUACGUCUCAAAGUCAGCAUGUAAGCUGUAAAAGUAUAAAUUCUAUAAAAACUAUUCAUAAAAAGUCGAACACUUGCUGUUUGGUAAAGUCUUAACAGUUAAUCCGGUAUAAAAAGUUAAAUUAUUCUAGCUAACUGAAUGUGUUUCUCUAGUACUUGCUCUGAUUUACUGGUUUAUAGAGUGAAUUACAGUCGGAUUAGAAUCGUGACAAAACUGGCAGGGAUGCCACUCGCCCAUCAGUCAUCACCUGCAAACAACAAAUUAGGAAAACAAUUUGCACUUGAAACAGCAUGUGAUGAGAUUAAAUAUAGUAAUACUUCACACCUUCGUCGCCUUGGAACUAUAAGGUUCUAUGUGAGAUUUUUGUGAAAACUAAGUUAUUCACAUUCGUAUUCUGUUUCAAUUUACCCCUCGUUCACAUUACAAGUGACAUGAUACCAUUCAUUUCAAUGGAGAGCUGGCGACUUCCGGCGACACGACAGUAGCAUCCCUUGGCGACCGGAUGGGGCGUGUCUAGCGCUGCGACAAAGUUGAGAAAUCUUCAACUUCAUGCAAAUGAGAGCGACUUUCAGGAGCGACAGCCAAUAGGAAUAUGGUAGAGCUAACGUGAUCAGUGGAUGUCGUCAUUCAGGCACGCCCACUAGCGACCUAACCGCCAACCCCUGGCGACUUGCAGCGACAAAGUCGCUUAUAAUCUGAACGCAGCAUCAUUCAUAUUGUGAUGUUUUAUUCUGUACGUUUCUUUGAAGAUCUUGUCUUAAAACUGCUCAGAAUGCCAAUAGAACCUUCUAAUUCCAAGGCGACACCUUGUUAUAAAAUGACAUAAAAUGUAAUUAAAGGUUGUCACAGAAUACAUUUUAAAGACAUUAUCACAGAUCUGUCUCGCCUGACCAUCCAUGACACAAAAUGAUACCAGCUGUAAACAAAUCUGUCACCUACUCUCUCCACCAUCCCUUUUCAACACUUUGAAGAUGAACACAAUACCUUUAACAGAGAAGCAUGUACAGUUGACAAGAAUAACUUUAUUUGACAAUUUGUAAUGACCUGGAUAACUGAAAAUCUGCACAGACAGUUUUGAAGUAUAUUUUAACUGUAGCAGUUAGUACUCAAGUUUUUGCCAAUACAAAAAUCAGUAUUCAUUCUGAUGCUCCCUUUUUUAUAUUUGUGGUUGUUAAAACUAAACCCCAUCUAUGAAAGUCUUUCAUAUUUGAUUGUAAUCAAAAUUAACACAACCAUGCAAAUAUGCUAAGGUAAAGUUUUGGGGGGAUUUUUGUUUUAAAUAAUACUUCACUCUUUCUCCCAAAAAGGUAGUUGUCUCUUCUAGGACUGGACUGACAGAUCUUUCUCUUUCUCUUUGGAAACUGAAGUGUCCUUUGUAAUAUUUACUCUUAAACUAUUUUGUACCUCUAUUGAUAUGAAUUAUUUUAGGGGCUGUUUUGUAUGAAUGUAAAUGUACAGAUAUAUUGUAAAUAUGUGUUUAAUAAA